ACAGGUACUUCAUGUCACGUUGUGACUUUGUGCAGACCUCAGUUGAGACAAGUCAGAUUGAUGUCAUUCGCCGAUUGAAACUUUGCAGUAACCAGUGCAGUGUGCCAAAUCGAGGCUACUAUAAACAGCUGCUCAGACCGGGGGCUCCCACAUCAACUCUGCUAUUGAUCCCCAGCAAGUGUGCAGACUACAUGCAGCAGUCCGCUGCACCGCAUCUGUGUCUCUGUCGCAACUCUCCCAAGGUUUCAUCUGAAAGUGUGUGAGUGUGUGUACGUGCCUGUGUGUGUAUAUAUGUUACCAUGAAGCACCAGUCCAUCUCACGAUGGCUGAGCCAGCUGGGACUGCCACAAUACUGCCCAGCGUUGGAGCAGGAAUAUGAUGGUGUAGAGGACCUGCUCCACCUCUCAGAGUAUGACCUCUUGGAACUCGGAGUCCACAAUCACCUCCACCGCCUACACCUUCUCACUUCUUUACGCCUUCUCCAGGAGCGAGAGAGGAGAAGAGAGUUAAGGAUGAUGGCAGAGGGGCGUUUUGCCAGUCUGCCCAGGUCCCUCCAUGCUCACCACACCCUGGGAGGAAGCACUGCACAUCCCGGGGUCCCCUCCACCUCCCUUGCUGUCCCCAGCAGCAGCAAAUGCUCCUCCAGGGGGCUCCAGGCCUCCCUCACCUCCUCCAUGGACCUCCUCAGCUCCAAACCUGGCCUCCCUCCAGGGCAGGGCAGCGGCCUAUCAGAGCUGCCCGCUGCCUCCUACCAGCCAAUUUCCAUUCACGGAACAUUGCCUCGUCGCAAGAGAGGAGGUGCCAAUCUCACCCAUGGAAACUACACCUGGGACCCCAGAGCCAAUCAUACGCAGCAUGCCCAUCAACCCAUGACCUCUCCGCUGGUCCAAAAUAUCAUUGAUGAGUUUCAUGGUUACAGGGAGCCUGCUGCCAGCCUGGACGCCACGGUGGACUAUGUUAAGUUCUCCAGGGAUCAGUUCAUCGUGGACUGCCCUUCAGAGAAACUCCGCAAAGAGCUGGAGGAAGAGCUAAAGACGAACUGCGAGGAGCCGAGGAGCCACGCAUGGUACCAUGGAGCAAUACCCAGACAGGUUGCAGAGAACUUGGUGCAGCGGGACGGAGAUUUCCUGAUCCGUGAUUCGCUGUCCAGUCCAGGAAAUUAUGUUUUGACUUCCCAGUGGCGAAAUGCUGCCCAGCACUUUAAGAUCAACAAGAGGGUUGUGAUGUUGAACGAAGCCUACUCCAGAGUUGAGUACCGGCUGGAAAGGGAAGGGUUUGACAACGUACCUGCACUUAUAAGAUACUAUGUCGGCAACAGAAAACCUGUGUCUCAGGUGGUAGGAGCCAUUAUCUUUCAGCCUAUUAACCGAGCGCUGCCACUGCGCUGCUUGGAGGAAAAGUACGGCUUGUCCAGCCAUCAUCGAGAGGCGCUCAUGGCGCAGGAGAGGCGUCAAAAACGCCUUAGCCUCAACAUAACCAAUGGACACACACACGACAACACACACAGUGUACAUGACGGCACACACUGCCGGGACAACAGUGUGAGCCGGAGCAGCCAGCUCAGGUCAAAGGAUCGUUGUGGCAGUCAACCAGCAAGUCUCAAUCAGGUCCAGGAGAGGAGACGUCCGCUCAAGGCCCACCAAUCAGAGAGCUACCUGCCUCUUGGCUCCAAACCACAGCCCCAGCAGCCUCCUGACCCUCUCCUCCCCAGCCCCAACCCAAAGUCUCCAGUCUUUCGGACGGGCAGUGAGCCAGUGUUGAGUCCCUCUGUCCCACGGAGACCUGGAGAUAUUCUGGCAGGCCAGGCCAUCCGGGGCUCUGACAGCCAGCUGUGUCCCAAACCGCCUCCCAAACCCAGCAAGGUGCCGCUGGCCCGACUGUCUCGCUCCCCCUGCCUUCAGCCACUGGCUCCCCUCUCCAGCUCCUGCAGCCCCACAGACUCCUCCCCCACCUCCCCCAGGCUGACUGCACCUCCGCUGGACUCCACAUGUGUGGAAACUCUUGGUUCUACGUGGAGGAGUGGAGGCCCUCCUGUCCCUCCAGUCAAACCCCUGAAGUUCCAUCAUCUCCUGCCCGCAGACUCCCACAGCUCCUCCAGUUCGGCUGAGCUUCAGUUUUCAGACUCAGAGGCAAAGACAGGCUGGACGGAACGCCUGCAGCCGAGUCCCGCAGACCUGAGGUCCUGCAGCCCGCUGGAGUGGGAAGAAUCAAACUCCCCUAACCCCAUCACGGACCUUGACUUUCAGCCUCCACUCAGCAGCUACGUGGAGAGACUGAGGAGAGAGGGGGAGGGAGGGAGAGAGGAGGAGGAGGGGGAGGAGAAGGAGGUGGGAGGGAGGAGAGGACUGGACAGAAGCUCCUACCAUCACGCCAUCGCUGCUUUAGAAAACACCAGCGAGGAAGAGGAAGAGGAGGCUGCAAGAGAGGAAGAGGAGGAAGACAAGAAGAGCAGUUUCCAGCGGCCAGUUGAAGAGACGGAGUCGACGUUCCAGCCGGCGGAGUUCGGAUCUCGACUUCUGCCGCCGGAGAACAAACCGCUGGAGAUGGUGGUGCUGAAGAGAGCGAAGGAGCUGCUGCUCAGCCACAAUCACCACAGCAUCGCCAGACACUUGCUCAUGGCCGACUGCCAGGUUGCGAGGAUACUCGGAGUAACUCCAGAGGUUAAAGGUCGCAUGGGCGUGUCCUCUGGUCUGGAGCUGGUGACGCUGCCGCACGGUCAACAGCUGAGGCUAGACCUGAUGGAAAGGCAUCACACCAUGGCAAUAGGUGUUGCUGUGGAUAUUCUGGGAUGUACAGGCAGUGUCGAUGAGCGGGCGUCCACCUUAAAUCGCAUCAUUCUGGUUGCGUUGGAGCUGAAGGACACAGUGGGCGACCUGUUCGCUUUCACGGCCCUGAUGAAAGCCCUGGAUUUGCCGCAGAUCAGCCGUUUGGAGGAAACAUGGACAGCUCUACGAAGGAACUACACACAGACUGCCAUCAGCUACGAGAAAACACUCAAACCUUUCUACAAGAAUCUGUAUGAAGGCACAGCUUCCUCCCCUGCAGUGCUCUGCGUCCCCCUCCUGCUGCCUCUCCUCACUCUGAUGGAGCGCCCGUCAAUCGCACCUGAGGGGGCGGAGCUCUGGGAGACCAGCGACCAGGGCUGUGACAUCAUGCUGCGCCACCUGGAGGCUGCGCGCGACGUUGCACACAAUGCACACAGCUACACGGCCAACGCACAGAAGAUCCUACAAGGUUUCACAUGUGACGAGGACCUGUUGGAGGUGUUUAAAACAGACUUUCAGCUGCGGCUGCUGUGGGGAAGCCGUGGAGCUUCAGUCAACCAAUCAGAUCGCUACAACAAAUUCAACCUCAUCCUCACUGCGUUGUCACGGAAACUGGAGCCCCCGCCCAAAACACAAACCUUAAUCUGACUUCAGCUGAGCAACAAGUCUGACAUCCUGACACACUUUGGACUUCAGUAGAACAUCGGGUGGAUCAGAAACAGCUGCGAUGAAGGGAAGAAGAGACAUAAACUGUAAUAAAGCAGAAAGUCGACCAGAAAUGACCUGCUGUUAGUCUGAGAAAGAGGAUACACUUUAAACAAACACACUUUCCUGCAGCUGCAGACGCCACUGAACUUGAUGCUGUCACUAAUCCAGCUGUUCACAGUCGUUGUGAUUUUCCAGAGAAAUGCCAGUUUGGCUCCAGACUUUAUAAUGACUUAAUAUUUCAGUCAGUGUAAGGUCCAGGGCUCACAGCAACAAUGUAAACCUGCAGCUUCACUUUAUUUAAAAUACACAUCACCCUCAGAUCGUCUGCACAAUUUACAUCUUAAAAUAUAACAUCAGACACACAACUAUGAAACUUCACAUGUAAAAAAUACACACGCAUACAGGUUAGACUAUUACUAUGACAACACGAUCAAGAUUGUUAUUGUUAUUAUUAUUAUUAAAACAUGUUACUCAAUCAAUCCAUUGCUGAGAUCAGGAGAUGCAGUAUUCACAGGUCAUUAAAUCCCUCAGUGUUUUGGUGACAAAAGCUCCAACAGAUGAUCCCAGCUUAACUUUAAAAAUGACCUUCUUAAAGGGAGUGACUGAUAUUAGUGUGAGAGCAGAGCAGACAAGAAAGGUUUAAAGGGAGACGCUGGUUUGGAAAUUUUUCUUCAACAGGUAUUUGUUUUAUUUUUACACUGACAUUCCAGUUAAUCAAAAACAUAUUUUUAUAUUAAGAGUAAAUGGGAAAACCAGCCAACAGCUCCACAUCUUGUGAUGAGCAUGUUAAGAGUGAAAUGUAAGGAGGAUAUCCCCUUAAAGACGUUAAUGUAGCCUUUAUUUAUUCCUGGUAAAAAGGAAGGACACUUACCCUCAAAGUCAGCUUCUGUGUAUAUUGUCAAUAGAAAAAAUAAGGCAUUUACUGUGUUUGAUGAAUAAAAAAACACUGAAGACAAGAAAUAUGCAGUUAUAACAAUAAAUCUACAGCAACAAGUUAAUAUAAAUAGGUUUUUAAGGAGGCGUUUUCUCAACAUCAGAUGACAAGGAUCUAUGGUCAUUUCUCUUCUGUAUUUACAGACAGUAGGAGCAGAAAAUCCAAUCUGCAGCAACAAUUCAAACUCUCUGUACAUGUGUAAAUGUAGCUAGAAGUGUCUUUUUCUUCUCCAGAUGAAAAUAUUUUUGUUUCUGCAUAAACCUGAAUGAAAUGAUCAAAAUACGGUGGAAGUAAGUUAACAUGUGAGAGACUAAAGCUGUACAUAUUUGAAAUGUUAGCAUGUUAAUAAUAGACUGUACAUAUUUUCUGUAGAGGACUGACUGUAAAAAAAAAAAAAAGAUGUUGAUGAUUUUAAUAUGUUUAUAUUAUUAUGAACUACUGUGUAAGAUUUAAUAAAUAUGGUGUACAA